CAGAGCAUAAAAAAGCCAUCCAAAGCCAUAAGGCGGACUCUCUCUCUCUCUCUCUCUCUCUCUCGUUUCCGUGCCCUCUCUCUCUUCUCUCUCUCUCUAGACUCUCAUCGUCUUCUAUUGGUUUUCUUCUCGAUCCAUCACUGCAACCAUGAGUGACCAGGGAGAAAAGACCUGUCCUCUUUGCGCGGAGGAGAUGGAUUUGACAGAUCAGCAACUGAAGCCUUGCAAAUGUGGUUACGAGAUAUGUAUUUGGUGCUGGCAUCAUAUAAUGGACAUGGCUGAAAAGGAUGAGACAGAAGGGCGGUGUCCAGCGUGCCGUACUCCCUAUAACAAGGAGAAGAUAGUAGGGAUGGCAGCAAAUUGUGAAAGGUUGGUGGCUGAGAUGAAUAUGGAGAGAAAAACCAAGUCACACAAAGCAAAAAGUAAAAUGUCAGAAGGAAGAAAGCAACUUAGUAGUGUGCGAGUGAUCCAAAGGAAUCUUGUCUACAUUGUGGGCUUGCCACUUAAUCUAGCAGAUGAAGAUUUGCUACAGCAGAAGGAGUAUUUUGGCCAGUAUGGAAAGGUUCUGAAGGUGUCCAUAUCUCGGACAGCAGCUGGUUCUAUUCAACAUUUUGCAAACAAUACUUGCAGUGUAUAUAUUACAUACUCAAAGGAGGAGGAAGCAGUUCGAUGUAUUCAAUCAGUACAUGGGUUUGUCUUAGAGGGCAGAUCUUUGAGGGCAUGCUUUGGAACCACAAAGUAUUGCCAUGCAUGGCUGAGGAAUGUGCCUUGCAGCAAUCCUGAUUGUCUGUAUUUACAUGAGGUUGGUUCACAAGAAGACAGUUUUAGCAAAGAUGAAAUAAUAUCAGCAUACACAAGGAGUAGAGUUCAACAAAUUACUGGGACAACAACUAAUUUGCAGCGGCGUUCAGGGAAUGUGUUACCACCACCAUCGGAUGAGUACUAUACUAAUAUCUGCCCUUCACCAGGGAAACAAACGAGUAAAAGUUCUUCAAAUAAUCCAGCAAGCACUGUUAGAGGUUCUCCACCAAAUAGUAGCUCUGGACGAUCUGUUGCUCUUCCUGCUGCAGCCUCAUGGGCAGCACGUGCCUCUAAUAGCCAGCCAUCAUCUGCAAGUUUGGUAUGUACAAGUUUACCUUCAAAACAGAAGCAUGAAACACAUAGUGUUUCCGUGGCAUUUUCUGCAGCAGUUACAGGUACAACUCAGGUUCCUUUAUUGCAUGAUGAGGUUGGAAAUAAGCUUAUUGAAGAAGGUCAAAAAGUACUACAUAAAGGUAAAGAGGAGCCACCAGAACCAGUUUUAUGGCAUGCAGGCACAGAACAUCAGAUAACUGCUUCUGAGGCUCCUGCUGCUCCAAGCCUUCCUGCCACAUCAACCGUGGAUGGUCAGUUACACUGUCCACCAUCAUUGGAGGAUAAAGAUAAAUGCAAGCACAUAUCACCUAAUACUACAAAUUCUGCUGAGCUUUAUAGGUCUGGCCAACCUUAUGGUCCUGGUGGCAUGGAUGUUCCUGCUAAGGGAAAUAUUCACAACUUAUGCUCUGAUGUGGCAUCAAUGAAGAUUGAUAAGCAUCUUGGGGAUGAAAAUAUUGGGGAUACCUGCGCUUACAGUUCACUUUCUGAUAAUACACUGGCUAAUUCAUCUCAAAUUCAGGGGUUACAACUAUCCUAUCAUGAGAAAUUUAGAGAACCUUCACAUGAACAGUCAAAUUGGAGACUUGAUUCCGUUACAAAAGAACAAUCAGAUUGGAAAUCAGAUUCUCGAACUCAAGUAGAAAAUAGAAAUCUGCAAAUUGUAUUGCCUGAAGUGGAAGAGGAUUUGCAGAAAUUUGUAGAUCAGAGACUCAAGGAUCCAGAAGCUGUUACUCGCCCAAGCUAUUUACCUAAUUCAUCUCCAUCCUUUCAUCUUUCUAGUCAUACUAGGGCUUAUUCUCCUCAGCUGAAUGAGCCUUAUGGUUCAACUACAAACUAUCAAAUUUUAGAUAAGAAAGUUGAGAAAGGUUUGCUACAGCGCCCAUCUGGUGUUCCAAAAGUACCUAAUGGAUAUCAUGGGGAUGUAAUCAGUACUGCUGAUUCAGAGAGGGCAGUGGAUCAUUUCUAUUUGCUUCCGGAUGAAGUCAAAAAGCAGGAACUGAGGAGAUUUCUAAAUGAAUCAACCAGUGCUAGCCAAAAUGGUGCUACAGAUUUAGGAGAGAACAACAUAAUUUCAAAUAUUUUGUCCAUGGACUUUGGUUCAUGGGAUGAGUCACUAAAUUCACCUAGGAAUUUGGCCAAGCUAUUGGGUGAACCUGAUAGGCGGCAAGGAUCUCUAAAAUUAUCAAAUUCUUGGAAAACCCAGAGCAACAAUCAGUCCAGGUUCUCUUUUGCUAGACAGGAGGGAUUCGAAGAUCAAGUAUCUGAUGCUGAACCAUCUUUGAAUAAUAUUGUGCAAGUCCCAUUUGAUCAUCCACUAAGCCAUCAUCCAGAUUUUAAUUAUGAUAAGCAUGGUGCUUGUAAUGGCUCCUCUACAUUUAACAUUGAGGAAUCUGAUAAUUCUGCAAGCAGCCGCCCUAACAUAUCUUUCAGUAAGCUUUCAGGUCCAAGAGUUCAGAUUUCCGCUCCUCCUGGAUUCUCCCUGCCCAGCAGACCCCCACCGCCAGGCUUUACUUCCCAUGAGAGAACAGAACCCACUUCUGAUGCCAUAUCUGGGAAUCAUUUCCUCGGUGCACCAACGUUACUGAGAAAUCCAUAUCAGGGGCCACCAACAGGAAAUAUUGCUAGUGGUGGGGAUAUUGAGUUUAUGGAUCCUGCCAUUUUGGCAGUAGGCAAAGGAAGACUGCCGCCAAAUGGGCUCAGCAAUGCUAAUGGCGUGGAUAUGAGAUCGGGCUUCCCUCUGCAGUCAAAUGUCUUUGAAAAUGAGGCUAGACUGACACAAAGAUCUCUUCCUCCAUUACAGAACCAGAGAUUUGCUGACACGGGGGAUGGUUUUUCUUUGCCCAGUGAUACAUACAGAAUUCCUUCGAGAAUAAUGGACCAGACGCUUGCCAGCAAUCUAUCCCCAUUAUCGCAGCUUUCCCUUCAACAGGCCAGAACACCACUUAUGUCGAAUGGCCAAUGGAGUGGUUGGAACGAAGUACAACAGGGUGGCAGCAAUCUGGGCAUGGCAGAACUGUUAAGAACUGAGAUACUGGGACUGAACAAGCUCUACACUGGGUACGAGGACUCGAAGUUUUGGAGUGCCCAGUUCAGGUAAACAUGAACCUGUCAACCGAUGAUUGGUCUGACUUUGCGGAGUACAGAUGGUGAAUGGACCAAACAGUCUGAAACAGAGGGGUUGUCAGAAACCUGCAUAAGCCAGCUGAUAUCAAGGUUUGUUACAAAUUGGUCGGUUGAUAGAUUGCCGUCUAUGGUUACACUGGGAGGUUAUCUUUCCAGAUAUGUAUUUUGCUCUUAAUUAUAGAAAAAUGGUAGAUUCCGUAGAUGUGAUAAUGAAAUAUAGCAUGAAGUGAAAAAUGUGUUUUUUAUCGGUUGAGAUAUUUGUUCAUGGAUUGUGAAUGCAGUUUGUUAAUCUCGUAUUGAAUAUUAUGUUAUGUUUUUUUA